AUGCAGCGCCUCGAGCCGAGCUGCGAAGAGCUCACGAGCGAGCUCGGAAAGCUCCAGGCGUCGUUCGACAUGAUGAUGGACGCAUGCGCGGAAAUGAAGGCGGGCAUGCAAGAGGUGCUCAACACGACGCCGCUCCUCGACCCGCGGGAAGAGACGGACGGGCCGGCCAUGUAUGCGCUCAACAGCAUCGGGUCGCUCUCCAACAUGGGCUGGAACAAGACCAACACGCCGUCGCCAGCGAUCCAGUCGCACAUGGCGUACAUGGAUCAAAUGGUGACGCAAAUGGGCUACCACAAGCAAAACCUCGCGGGUCUGCAGCAGAUGAUUGGCGAAGGCGCCGCGGCCAUCGAGAAGGCCGAGACAAAGCUGCAGUGCCUCGUGGAUGACUUUACGUACCGCAAGCUGCAGCUGGAAGCCAAGAUGAAGGCGUCGCUCGAUCCGAAGGGCGUCACGCAAGCCAUGCCCAAUAUUUAUGCCGAUAUUGGAUAUAUCUUUGGGGCUGUCUACGAAGGCUUCCAGCCACCGCUGUACAACGAGAGCGUCGACAAGUGCGUGGACGAUUUUUUCCACCAAGAAACCAAGCACCUCAAGGCCGUGGUUAGCCUGCUUUAG